AUGGCAAAUUCCUCAAUAAGCCUGAAGCUGCUGAUAGACACCCGAGCCAAAAGGGUGCUGUUCGCGGAGGCCGGCAAAGACUGCGUGGAUUUCCUCUUCUACAUACUCUCUCUGCCGGUGGCUAAGUUGAUCGAUCUGGUCGGAAAACAAGGAAUGGUUGGGUCGAUAGCCAACUUGUACGAGAGCAUAGAAAACCUCAACGACUCCUACGUUCAAGCCGACCAGGCAAAAGACACCCUCCUCAAACCGUCCUACACAGCUUCCUCAGCUGUUCCUCUACUGGCUCUCGAGGACUCGUCCUCAGGUGCUGGUCGGAAAAAGUUCUAUAGGUGCAGCUAUGGUAGUAGCUGUAUGAACUAUGUUAGUGAUGGCCCAAAUGCCACCUGUCCCUAUUGCAAGCAAUUAAUGUCAAGAGAUCUGACUUACGUGGCCCCACCCGUUGUGAAAAGCGUGUCGUCUGGUGCCGAAGGUGGGUUCGUGAAGGGGGUGGUGACGUACAUGGUGAUGGAUGAUUUGUCUGUGUCUCCUAUGUCCACUAUUUCAAGUAUUACUCUACUUAAUAAGUUCAAUGUCAAGGAAGUCGGUGCUUUGGAGGAGAAGGUCGUGAGUUUCGGAAUGACUGAGGCGGUGAAGUUGUUGAAGGCUUCUUUGGAGACGAAGUUUGUGCUUACACGUGUUUUCCUCAACCGCACAGCAUGA